AGAGGAACUGUUGCUCUUGUAAAUUCUUACAAACAUUCUACGUGGUAGUGCAUAUACUGGGAGAAGUAGAAAGAUUAAUUAUUGUUUUGAUUAGUUGUCAGGAUAGAAAAAACUUAACGUUAAAACAUUUUUUUUUAUGUAAUGGCUUUGGACGCCUCUGGCUAUUAUCCUAAAAAGGCAAUUGAUUAAGUUACUUUCCUUGAUGUGCUAUGAGUGCAAGGCUCAGCACCAUUUUUAUCCAAUGAAACCAAAAAGGCAUAUUUAUACAAUAAAAGCAAAUAUGGAAUUCAAGAUGGCUAUGGAUUAUGAUCGAAAUCAAUUUAUCUUUUAUAAGUAAAUAAAAUAAAUAAGUGUUUAUAAUUUCCUGCAAUAAUUCAACUAAAGUAGAAAAUGGUCUGGUGGGUACAUAAAUACAAACAAAAUCAUUGCAAAUUCGGAGUAUAUUUCGGAUUGGACGUUGCAGUCGAUCGAAUUGUCCAAACAAUUAAUAUCAUGUUUGAUUGCCUACCUCUUGUUGCAGAUAACAAUUUUUAUGACACUUAUGACAUCCAAGCUCUUUUAACAACUGGUGUUAAUAUAUUUAACAUUGACCGGACUGUACAUGAUGGUUAUUUCUAUGAAAAAGUCAAGGGAAUAAUUAAAAAUACUAAUGAAAUAUGCGAAUGUUAUCCGUCAUCAUAUUAUAGACCAAUUGGUUUGUCUGUUACGAUGUCAGUAUUGGAACCUGUGGAUAUUGAUAAUGAGGUUGACAUUCUAAUUCUAAAGAACGUAAUGAAGAAAGAACAAUUCCUUGAAUUCAGGAAGCAAAAUAAAAAUUCCGCAUCGAUGCCAAUUUUGCUCAUGCUAGCGAAAUUCAACGUUGAGGAUACUAAUGAAUUAAUUAAGAUUUCAGAUGGCAUAAUUUUGGAUAUGAUUACUAUUAAUUUUAUUGAUGAAGUAUGCGAUAAUGUAACUGAACAAUGUAAAAAGGCGGGAAAACCAGUCAUAUAUUUAAUGCCAAAAUUAGCGGAGGAAUACUACGAACCAUAUGCUGCUGACCGUCAAAUAUUAACAACAGCGACACAGUUAGUUGACAAAGGUGUAGAUGGAGUAAUGUUAGUCGAUAGUAAUGAAUUAACUAAACCGCCUACAGAGAUAGUUUUGUCACUAGUAAAAGGGAUAUGGAUUGCUGAAAACGAUGUGCAAGUGGAUGAAGUCUAUUAUAAACAGAGUUUUGAGAUGGACAUACCAGUUCUGCCACCACUAUCAACAGCCAUGGCCGCUUCGUUAGGAGCGUUGAAGGUUGGUGCAAAAGCGAUAUUAAUAAUGACUGUGUCGGGUAAAUCAGCGCGCGUGAUGUCAUUCGCUGCACCACCAUGCACUGUGCUAGCCAUCACUACUAGAAAGGAGACUGCAAGACGAUUGCAUUUGUAUCGUAAAGUGGUGCCUUUGUUUUACGAUAAAGGUCGCGCGCAAAACUGGCAUCAAGAGUGGAGGAAUCGUGUAGAUUUUGGCACCGAUUUCGGCCUGAAGACCGGCCUGUUCUGUACUGGAGCCAAAUUAGUGGUGCUCGCACCGUCAGAAGAAAGCACCGGUUAUUGUGACGGCUUCCAAAUCGUUGCCGUGCCUUUUAUAUGCAACGAGUGAAUUGUCUUAGUUUCGUGUUCAUGCGGUGGAAUUAUAGGUUAUGUUGUUUGUUAUAGAGUUUUAUUUGUAUUACUAAUUACUGUAUCAUAUAAUAGUUAAAAUAAUAUAAUAAAAAUAUUAGCCCUGUA